AUGAUUGAAUGGACUUUUUUAACUGAAAUUAUAAAUCUUUAUAACGAACUCAAAUCUGAAAGAGAGAAAAUUCGGCAAUUGAACAACGAUUUAGGGAAAAAGUAUAAUUUGGAAACAACUGAAACCAGAGGGAUAGAAACAGAAGAGGAAGAAAUUAUCGCAAAAAAAAGCGGAGAGAACGAGGACGACAAGAAGGCUUGGGAAAGUUUUAAGGACAUUAAUAACCUUAAUGAUACUGUUGCAAAACUGGAAGUCCAACUGACCGAAAAGGAUACUGAAAUAGAAGGAUUGGAAAGGGACAAAAAGGGAUUGCAGAAUAAAUUAGACACCGCUGAUAAUGAAAACAAAAUUUUAACCAAAGAAAAAACUGAUUUACAAACUGAAAUCAACGGCAAAGCUGAAAAAAUAACCGAGUUGGAAAAAGAUAAAAAUGAUCUUAAAACUGAAAGAGAUGCCAAUGCUGAAUUGGCUGUUAAACAUGCUGGUGUAUUAAAAAGUGUAGAUAAUCAAUUUGAUGUUUUUGACCUGGAUGAGACGGGAGGUUUUGUUCUUAACGAUACCAAAGUAAACAAUCUAAAAGAUAUCGUUGCCGUUGCCCGAGCGUUAGGAAUUUUGGGAGAAGGAAAUAUAGUGGACGAAGAUAAAAAACAAAAAGUUAUCAAUGGUUUUGCUAGUUUUAUCACCAUUAACGGUGAUUUUCCGGAUAUUUUUGAUGGAAAUGGAAAGUUAGUAGUUGAAAAAUACAACAAAUUAAGAGAUGAUGUGGAUAAAAGAGAUGAAUAUGAAGCAAAAAUUAGAAACUCUAAUGAGGCUGACGCUGAAGCCGAUAAAGUAAAGGCCACCAAUGCCGAAAUGAUAAAGGCAUUACAGAAUGCCGAACAAGUGGUGCCAACCAGAGGUUUUUUAGAAACCGACGCAGAAUAUAAUGCUCGGUUAGUUCAAAAAAUUAAAGAUUUAAAAAAUAAUAAAAAUGACGAGACAGAACAAAUUAAGGAAAAGUUCAAAGAGGCUUUGCAAAAAGCCCAAGAAUUAUUGGGUUUAACAACCGGAAAAAAGAGUCUCGUUGCCGCUACUAGCCCAAAAUUUCGAACUUACACCGAAGCCAAUAAUGAAUUUCUGAAAAUAAUAGAGGAAUUUAAAAAUGACACCAUUUCUCGUUUAGAUGAAUUUCUUUCGGAUUACGGGACAGUUAAUGAGGAGGGUUUUAAUUAUAAAACCUUGAUUGAGAAUGUAAAGGAUUUUAAUUUUGCCGAAGUGUCAAGAUUAGAAGAUGACCAAAUUCAGUUUGAACUUCGGAAAGCCGGAAUGAGACGAGAGGAUUUGGAAAAUGAUUACAGUGAAUUAGAAGGUGACGAGCCGAUUGGUCCUGAAGUUAACCGAAUAAGAAGAAAAGUUAUUAAGGAAAUUCAUGAAAAAAAAACUGACCUGACGAAGGUUAAAAACGAUAAUGAAGCGUAUCUAAAUUCCUUCGUUCAAGCCACUGUGCCCGGAGAUAGAGGUCUAGGAGAUUUAGUUUAUCGAGCCAAAAAAAUUGUGGAAGGAGCUAAAGACCUACAAUUAGACGCCGAACAAAACGAGCGUCAACGAGUCCAACGAGAUUUAACGGCUGCUAUAAGCGGCCUUGCUACUCGCACUAAUGAGCGAGACGAUGCUCGCACAGAACGCGACACCUUACAAACUACUCUUAAUACUCGCACGACCGAGAGGGAUACUGCUCUACGACAAAAAAACGACCUCCAAACCCAAUUAAACACCGCCAAUAACACUAUCAACGGAGCCAAAAAUCACCUCGGAGUAGGUGAUUUAAAUAAUUUGCCAGACAUGAGUGGCAAUACACUUCAGCAAGCAUUAAAUAAAGCCAGACGAACGGAUACGGCCGAAGCAGAAGUAGGCACUAUGAGAACACAAAGAGACAAUGCCAUCACCGAAAGAAACACUUAUAGGGCUGCAUUAAGGGAUGAUGUGGUCAGUGAAGUUGCUACUAAUUUAGAUGAUGUUUUAAAUAGGGCCGCUCGAACCACUACUGCUGAAACAUAUCUCCAAAAUGAUUUGCGGAUUGCCAAUUUAACUAAUUUACCCAAUAAUAAUACCGGACAGACCGCUGCCAAAAACUCGGCAGAAGGCAACUUGGAUAACAUUGUUUUGCGAGAUGUGCCGGGUGGAAACAACAAUGCAAAAUAUACUGCCUUGAAAGAUUAUUUGCGGGACCCUGCUCGGGGAAAUCAAGGAACGACCUUUACAAAUGCUCUAAAUUGA